GAUGCGUACGAGAGCGAAGACGCGGAGGAAAUUUCAUCUAAACUAUGGCAAGAAGCCUGUUGGAUCGUAAUAAACGCCUACUUCGACGAAAAAGGUCUCGUGCGUCAACAGCUGGACAGUUUUGAUGAAUUUAUUGAGAUGUCCGUUCAAAAAAUAGUCGAAGACUCACCACCAAUUGAUUUGGAAGCAGAAGCUCAGCAUACAUCAGGCCUAGUAGAGACUUCAGUAAAGCAUAAGCUCAAAUUCGAGCAAAUUUACUUAUCAAAGCCCACUCACUGGGAGAAAGACGGAGCACCGUCACCAAUGAUGCCUAAUGAGGCACGUCUCCGUAAUUUAACUUACUCAGCACCCUUGUACGUUGACAUAGCCAAAGCAAUGCUAAAAGGAGAAGAAGAUCCAGUAGAGACUCAACAUCAAAAAACAUUUAUCGGUAAAAUUCCUAUAAUGUUGCGUUCAAAAUAUUGUUUACUGGCAGGUUUAUCUGAUCGUGAUUUAACGGAGUUGAACGAAUGCCCGCUGGAUCCUGGUGGUUAUUUUAUAAUUAACGGCUCCGAAAAAGUAUUGAUAGCCCAAGAAAAAAUGGCAACUAACACAGUUUACGUGUUUAGUAUGAAAGAUGGUAAAUAUGCUUACAAAAGUGAAAUACGUUCUUGCGUUGAAAACAGUUCACGACCUACAUCAACACUUUGGAUCAAUAUGAUGGCACGUAGUGGAGCCAGUAUUAAAAAAUCAGCAAUUGGUCAGCAUAUAAUUUCAAUUUUACCUUAUAUUAAACAAGAAAUUCCCAUAAUGAUUGUCUUCCGUGCUCUGGGCUUCGUCGCUGAUCGUGACAUCCUAGAACACAUUAUUUACGACUUCGAUGACCCAGAAAUGAUGGAGAUGGUCAAGCCAUCUCUGGACGAGGCUUUUGUAGUUCAGGAACAAAACAUCGCACUUAAUUUUAUUGGUAGUCGUGGAGCACGCCCAGGUGUUACAAAAGACAAGCGUAUAAAAUACGCACGAGAAAUAUUACAAAAAGAAAUGCUGCCUCACGUGGGUAUCAGUGACUUUUGUGAGACGAAGAAAGCUUACUUUUUAGGCUACAUGGUCCAUCGUUUGCUGUCUGCUGCAUUGGGACGUCGUGAGUUGGAUGACCGUGAUCACUACGGUAACAAACGUCUUGAUUUAGCCGGGCCACUUCUUGCCUUCUUGUUCCGUGCUCUAUUUAAAAAUCUAAUGAAGGAGGUACGUAUGUACGCACAAAAAUUCAUUGAUCGUGGAAAAGAUUUUAACUUGGAGCUGGCUAUCAAGACAAAAAUCAUCACUGAUGGUUUGAGGUACUCUUUAGCCACGGGUAAUUGGGGCGAUCAAAAGAAAGCUCAUCAAGCACGUGCUGGUGUCUCUCAGGUAUUGAAUCGUUUGACAUUUGCAUCAACAUUGUCUCACUUGAGACGUGUCAAUUCGCCCAUCGGUCGUGAUGGUAAGCUGGCUAAGCCACGUCAAUUGCAUAAUACUCUUUGGGGGAUGCUGUGUCCUGCUGAAACGCCAGAAGGUGCUGCUGUAGGAUUGGUGAAAAAUCUAGCGCUGAUGGCUUACAUCAGUGUUGGUUCACAACCUUCUCCGAUUCUUGAGUUCUUGGAGGAGUGGUCGAUGGAAAAUCUUGAAGAAAUAGCACCUAGUGCCAUUGCAGAUGCCACGAAAAUUUUUGUAAAUGGUUGUUGGGUAGGAAUUCAUCGUGAUCCUGAUCAGUUGAUGGCGACUUUACGUAAAUUGCGGCGUCAGAUGGACAUUAUUGUAUCUGAAGUAUCAAUGAUUCGUGAUAUUCGUGAUCGGGAAAUACGUAUCUACACUGACGCUGGUCGUAUCAGUAGACCUUUGUUGAUUGUUGAGAAUAUGCAGCUGUUAUUGAAAAAACGGCACAUUAACAUGUUGAAGGAACGCGAUUACAAUAACGACGGUUGGCAAGAACUGGUCGGAAGUGGUGUCGUAGAGUAUAUUGAUACACUUGAAGAGGAAACUGUAAUGAUUGCAAUGUCACCCGAUGAUCUAAGACAAGACAAAGAAGAUUCUUACUGUGCGACCUAUACCCACUGUGAAAUCCAUCCAGCUAUGAUACUGGGUGUUUGCGCAUCAAUUAUACCAUUUCCCGAUCACAACCAGAGUCCUAGGAAUACUUACCAAAGUGCUAUGGGUAAACAAGCUAUGGGUGUUUAUAUUACAAAUUUCCAUGUUAGAAUGGACACACUUGCUCAUGUGCUUUAUUAUCCGCACAAACCACUUGUCACUACACGUUCAAUGGAGUACUUGCGGUUCCGUGAAUUGCCGGCAGGAAUAAACAGUAUUGUUGCUAUUUUAUGUUACACUGGUUACAAUCAAGAAGACAGUGUUAUCUUGAACGCUAGUGCAGUUGAACGUGGUUUUUUCCGUUCAGUUUUCUAUCGAUCGUACAAAGAUGCUGAGAGUAAGAGAAUUGGAGACCAGGAAGAACAAUUUGAGAAACCAACGCGACAAACUUGUCAAGGAAUGCGUCAUGCUAUUUACGACAAGCUUGAUGACGACGGUAUUAUUGCACCUGGAAUUCGUGUUUCGGGUGAUGACGUUGUUAUUGGUAAAACUAUUACAUUACCUGAGACUGAUGACGAAUUAGAAGGAACGACAAAACGAUUUACUAAAAGAGAUGCAUCAACUUUCUUGCGUAACAGCGAAACGGGAAUUGUUGAUCAAGUUAUGUUGACUUUGAACAGCGAGGGAUACAAGUUCUGUAAGAUAAGAGUAAGGAGUGUACGUAUACCGCAGAUUGGCGAUAAGUUUGCGUCGAGGCACGGACAGAAAGGUACUUGUGGUAUUCAGUAUCGGCAAGAGGACAUGCCGUUUUCAUGUGAAGGUUUAACACCCGAUAUUAUUAUCAAUCCUCACGCUAUUCCAUCUCGUAUGACAAUUGGUCACUUGAUUGAGUGUAUUCAAGGGAAGGUUUCUGCCAAUAAGGGUGAAAUUGGUGAUGCUACGCCGUUCAACGAUGCUGUCAAUGUACAAAAAAUUUCUACUCUGCUCCAAGAAUAUGGAUAUCAUCUAAGAGGAAAUGAAGUUAUGUACAAUGGACACACUGGAAGAAAAAUAAAUGCCCAGGUUUUCUUAGGCCCUACUUACUAUCAGAGAUUAAAACACAUGGUGGAUGAUAAGAUUCACAGUCGUGCACGUGGUCCAGUCCAGAUUUUAGUCAGACAGCCUAUGGAAGGUCGUGCUAGGGAUGGAGGAUUACGUUUUGGUGAAAUGGAGCGAGAUUGCCAGAUUUCCCAUGGAGCUGCACAGUUUCUACGUGAACGUCUAUUUGAAGUAUCCGAUCCCUACCGUAUUCAUGUUUGCAAUUUCUGUGGGUUGAUUGCAAUCGCUAAUUUACGUAAUAAUACUUUUGAAUGCAAAGGAUGUAAAAACAAAACACAGAUAUCUCAAGUAAGACUCCCUUACGCAGCAAAAUUAUUAUUCCAAGAACUAAUGGCGAUGAACAUUGCACCGCGACUUAUGGUAAUGUAA